CUUCCCGUCACCGCGGGAGUUGCAGCCGGUGAUCGCGUGCAAUGCAUCCGUGAGGAGAAGUGGCGAUGUCUUUCCGUGAGGACACUGGAUGUGGACAUGUCCUCUACCCUGCGAUCAGUCUGUGAGCAGGAGUUGAUGGACUUUAUUUAACACAGUCGUGAGAGAACUCAUAAGGAGGAAAGAUCCUGGUUUGAUGUCUGUGGCAACAAGAGAGGAGGCACCAUGAGUGCGGAGGUGGAUGCCCUGACUGUGGUGAACCAAUUGCGAGAUCUCGCUGCAGACCCCCUGAACCGAAGAGCCAUUGUUGAAGAUCAGGGCUGUCUCCCAGGCCUCAUCCUUUUUCUGGACCAUCCCAACCCACAGGUUAUCUACUCUGCACUAUUGGCUGUGCGCUACCUGGCAGAAUGUCGAGCCAACAGAGAGAAGAUGAGGAGCGAGCUGGGCAUGAUGCUGAGUCUGCAGAAUGUCAUGCAGAAGAGUACAUCCCCUGGGGAAACCAAACUGCUGGCGUCUGAGAUCUAUGAAAUUUUGCAGUCAGCUGGUAAAGAGGAGGCAGCACAAGCUGAAGCAGCUGCAGCCUCUUGUCAGCGUAAAGCCCAUUUCUUUCUGGGCUCCAACAACAAGAGGGCCAAAACUGUGGUGCUGCACAUCGACGGGCUGGAUGACUCUACUCGAAAGAACCUCUGUGAGGAGGCUUUGCUGAAGAUCCGAGGAGUUAUCAGCUUCACCUUCCAGAUGGCUGUUAAGAGGUGUGUGGUCAGGAUCCGCUCUGACCUUAAAGCUGAUGCGUUGGGCACAGCAAUCAACUCCACUAAAGUAAUGACAGCUCAGCAAGUGGUGAAGACAGAAGAUGGAGCAGAGCUGAUUGUGCCAUUCCAGGAGGACCCUGCAGUGGUGGUAGAGGAGAAUACAGACAUCCCAGACUACCUACCUGAGGACGAGAGUCCAUCAGUGGAACAGGAUAAGGCAGUGACACGUGUAGGCUCCAUCACAGAUGGCAUGGGCUGGCUCAGCACGGCCGCUAACUUUCUAUCUCGUUCCUUUUACUGGUGACCUCCUCUUUCAUUCUCUGCUCCCAGUAUUUUUUAUUUCCCCCAUAAAAAAGGUACCAUCCAGCUGCAGCCUUAGAAUCUGUCAGCCUCGUCGUGGACUAAAGCUCUCAUCACCUCAGUCUGUCCUUCACUAGACUCCCCCCCCCCCCCCCCCCCGCAAAGCACACAGAGUCCAACUAUGCGUGUGCAACAAGUGUUGGGCUUUCCAGUGGAAACUACAAUAACUAUAUGUUGUGUAUAUACUGAGCUACUCAACACAACACUGCCUGUAUGCACACAACUAUAUAUACUAGCUGCAUAUGUAUCUAACAGGAUGUCGCCAGAUGAAUUCCAAUCAGCCAUAAAACCAAAUAAGUGAGGGAGCUGCAAAUGUGUACAGCAGAAUUCAGUUGUGGCAGACGUAAGUGAUCUGAGGAUAAAUGUUUGUAUGAGUUUGAAUGCUUUUGGCCUGUCUUCUCUCCGUUCCAUUUCCUUUUCUAUAUGUUUUGCCUGCUUUUAUUUUCUAAACAGGCAGAUUUUUAUUCUUUAUUUUCAAGUCUUUUUUUUUAAAGCUUGCUAUGUAUCUGUCAAUCUUCAUUAUGACUGCAUUUUGUGUGCCUUUUUUCCAUUUGUAAUUAUUUAUUUAUUCAUCAUUGUAACUUCAGACACCAGCAGAAGGCUGCAGCCCAUUCAGCAACUGACUCACAUGAGUUAAUUUCCAGUACAGUAAGACUGUUGUAUACAGAAAAGGGAAUCGAUGAGCUCGUUGACUGAUUAUUGUACCACACCUGUUUGUGUCAUGAGUCAAAACUCUGACCCUUUGGGGGGGGAGUCUGGCAGGAAAGGUGGCAAAUCAACUAAAGUCUCCUUGUUUCUGUGGCACAGACUUCAGGCUACCUCUGUUUUGAGUGCGCUGUUCCACAUCAGCAUUAUGGUCUUGUCUAGCUUUAGCUGCAUCCUACAUCAACAAUCACUUUGACGCCUGCUUGUCAAGUUUUUACUGCAUUAGCAGGAAUCUCACUGACAUUUUUACAGUGUUACAGGCCCACUUGUUUUAAAAUUUCACUUUAACCAGCAGUGUCCUUAAUGCAAAGAUCAUGUUGGUGUGUGUGUAUAUAUAUACACACACACACUGAGUGUGGUUAUGUAGAUUUUGUAAAUGGUGAGUGAUAGCCUACAACCGUCUUACACCAUUUUGUUUAAAAGGACAUUCUGUUAUUCUGUGCUUUUUAAAAAAAAAAAAAAAAAUCUGGUUUGCAUUUUAUGUGAACAUCUAUAUUUCUUUGAAAGCAAAGUAGGCCAAAAACAACGAGUUCUCCUGGUGGUUUUGCUGUUACACAUCAGACACUAAAUUGUUUUCUCCUCUGCCUUUUGUAUGUUUAACAAUUGUAUAAAAUGUUGUCAAGACAGCCUUUUAUGAUUUUGUUGUGUGGAAAUGUCAGCUUGGUUGAGCUGAAACUGUUACUGGAAUGCCACAGAAUGAUGUUCAGCUGAAAGCAAUAACUCUUGAUGCGCUGACUGUAAUAAUUAUAAUUCAGGAACAAAAAAAAGAGUUAAUAAUUUAUCAGUAUUAAACUGUUAAAUGUUUGUUUUCUGGUUUAUACAAAAUUUUAAGUUGCUUCAUGUAAUAUAGUUUUAAUAUGUAUUGGCACAGCUCAUACAACAAAAGAAGACGAACAGUGUUUUAGUGUGUUCUUUAUGUUAAUUGUGUACAUGUCUCUGUCUUUACACAUCUGGAUAAUUAACUAAUAACCAUUAAUGACUUCCUUCAAAAUAAAAUUUCAGGUCAACAG